CUCAUCGUCCCCAAUUUGGCCGUCGCCUUCGCGCUUGCUCCCUCGAGGUCAGCUGGACGAGCAAUGAGCGGCUUUUGGUCCUGACCAGUAGCCAGCACUCGAGCGACGGGGCGCCUCAUUGGGCGUCGAGGACGGUUGAGGCGGCCGAGGCGGAUAGAGCUCAGAUUGCUGCACGGCCGCCGCACGGCAAUCUCGCCGACCUCAACAAACAGGUCAGCCACCAGACUUGCCUUCGUAACCAUCUUUGCGACUUCACAUCAGGGAGAGACAUCCUUCGACGUCACUGGAGACGUCUUCUCUCUAGCCCUGUACAUUCGCCAUAUCGCCAAAAAUGGGGGCCUGACAACCAGAGCAGAGCAGCUCUCCCCACUAUCAGCAAAAGUCCAACACCAGCACGCAGCAACAUCGCUUCCACGCUUCCGCUGCCUCCGGGCUACACGAUGGUGGCAUUCUACGCACGAAGGCCAGAACUUCAUCUCGUGCUUCCCGACGAGACUCCCGAGCUCACGUCAUCGCUUCAAAAGAGGUACGAGCGUCGCGUGGCCAACGACGCCCUUUAUUUGCCCAAGUCAACGAACAUGGGGUUGCCCGCCUGGAUGAGUACGGGAGAAAAAUACAACUACGAGGAUGAGGAUGAGGGUGUAACGUCGAUCAAGACGCCUCCGCCCAGCCGCUCUGCAACCUUCAAGCGGUCCAUCCCAUGCUUCUUUGUCUCUCAUAUCCCAACCGCGCUACCAUGGUAUGAGGAGGUCCUGGGCUUCAAAGUCGUUGGCAAGGCGGAUGCGGGCAGGGCCGAGCUGCAUCGUGCGGCUCCGGGCUCAUCGCCAAAGACAACAGGACAAGGCAGCGUCGAUGGCGUCUCUAUCUACCUACGAAGGCAUCUUGACGCUGAGUCGGCGCCACCCAAAGGCUCCUUAUGGAUCGAGGUCGACAAGGUCGAUGACCUCUACCAGGAGGUCACGCACAAGCUUGAGAAGUACGCUCAGGGCCUUGAUAACUACUUCCCGCCGCGUCAUUUUGGUUCGGCCAAAGUCCAGGCCAAGCCUAGAAACAGCGGCUUCGGCGAGAGAGCCAUGACCGUCGUCGACGAUGCAGGAAACUCUAUCAUCUUCUUCCAAGUCUUGGACCAGUGAUUGGCAAAGGUGGGAAAGAUGGCAAAGCUAUGAUACCCAAGUUGCUGGCCUGCAUGCCUCUGCUCGUAGAUGACGACGCGACGCCUGACCUGCCUCUCUACUUGCUGUUCUCUCCUCUGUACCACCACUCUUGGAACUUCAAAGCUUUCUUGAUGAUCUCUCCUCAUUGUUGCUCUUUGCUCGUCGUCCAGCUUUGCUUUGACGCCGCGGACGCCGACGCUCCCAACUGCCGUGCUGAACGUGUCGU